AUGGGCAUCUCCAAGAAGAGGUCCUCCUCGGUGGAGAAGGUCACGACCACCACCGUGACGGAGAAGGUGCUGAUCACGCGAAAGCACUGUUUGAGUGAGCAUUCCAUUUGGGUGAAGGAUUGGGUGCACCGCGGGCUGCUUGAGGCUUACAAAGAUGGCUGGCUCCUGACAAUGGCUGCCGACGAGGCUUACAAGGUCAUCCAAUCUCAUCCCAACUCGCUGGUCGAGGCCACGCUACAAGCUCGAUAUUUCGUGGAUGCGCUGAACUUGUCCUACGAGGAGUCGCAUUUCGUCACCGACCUUCCCUUCUCUUUCCAACCCAGUGAUGACAUGGAUUUGCCAAAGAAUUCCGUGUCGUUGCGCUUUUUUGGUGCCUGGAAAGAGAACCUCGGCAGCGUGAAUCCGGCAGAAGAAGCAUUUGCUGCUGCCUGA